AUGCCUUUGGAGGCUCUGUUCCCAGAAAAUAUAAUAAUGCAACAAAACCCAGAGAUGAAAGUAGCUGACUUAAUUUGUGAUGGUGAAUGGGUAAUUCCUGAAUCUUUACUGGAUUUAUUUGAACCUUCUGAGUUGCCUGUUUUAGAUGGAAAAGGAGAUAGAAAAAUUUGGACAGAAUUUUCAGUGGACUCUGCUUAUGAAUUAAGAGGGAUAGUUCCUGCAGAUGACAAGAUGAAGAAAAUAAAAUUCCAACUUGCUUCUAGAUGCCCUUUUUGCAAGAAUUCAGAGGAAAAUUUGGAGCAUAUUCUAUGGUUCUGUGAUUUCAGUGAGAUCAUUCGGAAUUGGCUUGGUGGCAUUUUCAGUUUCACUAACCCAAUAUCAUUUGAAGACAUUCUUCUUUUAGCACAAAAUAAAAGUCCAGCAGUGAAAGAGAUAUGGAAAGUUGCAGCUCUUGUAACUCUGAAAGAAAUUUGGUUUAUGAGAAACAGAAUGGUUUAUGAAGAAGAGGCCUAUAAAUGUGAAGCUUUGAAGAAGAGAAUUAUAAGUUUUACCAAAGAGAGUGAAGUAAGAAUGUCUAGUGCAAUGUGGAAUUCUGCAUAUAGUCUUCAAAUUCUAAAAACCUUUGAGCUAAAGUGUAGAAGGGUGAAAACUGUCAAGGUAACUGAAAUAUUCUUCUAUCUGCAUGAUCCCUCUUAUUUCCUCAUUUGUUGUGAUGGUUCCUCAAGAGGAAAUCCAGGUGCAGCUGGUCAUGGUUUCAUUUAUAGGAAAUGGAAUGGAGUUUUUGAAAUUGUUGUAUCAGGAGGAUUGGGGACAACAAGUAACUUUCUGGCAGAAAUAUUUGCAGUGAUUUGCGCAGGGGAAUGGGCAGUGAAUCAAUACCUCCUCAGAAUAUAUUUUAGGUCUGACUCACAACCUGUAAUAUCUGCUUUUCAAACUGGAAAAAUCCCAUGGUGGGUCAUUACUAGAUGGAAUAAAAUAAAAUCUGGUCUGCAAGAAUGGUACUUUGUACACAGUUACAGAGAGAUGAACACAUCAGCAGAUCUACUGGACAAAAAAGGAGUUGUUUUGGCUAAAGGUGAAAGAAGGAUUUAUAAGCAAUGUUCUAAUUUUAUUACAAGACUGGAAAAUCCAGAUUUUCCUUAUUACAGAUUUAGCUAG